CGCCGGGAUCGUCAUUCCAUUUGUUGUUGAGUUAGGGCGCCAACGAGGACCCACACUAGCAGACUCUAUAAAAAAUCGUGUUCACACAUAAAACAAAGUUCGAUUUCCAUUCGUUUGUUGGCCGCAAGAACCCACUUAACUAACUGCCAAAAUGUGUGACGAUGAUGCGGGUGCCCUGGUUAUUGACAACGGGUCUGGUAUGUGCAAGGCUGGCUUCGCCGGCGAUGAUGCGCCCCGUGCCGUAUUCCCCUCGAUUGUUGGCCGGCCACGCCACCAGGGUGUGAUGGUGGGUAUGGGUCAGAAAGAUUCCUAUGUAGGUGAUGAGGCGCAGAGCAAAAGAGGUAUACUCACAUUGAAAUAUCCCAUUGAGCAUGGCAUCAUCACAAAUUGGGAUGAUAUGGAGAAAAUCUGGCAUCAUACCUUUUACAAUGAAUUGCGUGUCGCACCUGAAGAGCAUCCAGUAUUAUUGACCGAAGCGCCACUUAAUCCCAAAGCCAAUCGUGAAAAGAUGACCCAAAUCAUGUUCGAGACAUUUAACUCGCCCGCCAUGUAUGUGGCCAUUCAGGCUGUGCUCUCCUUGUACGCUUCCGGUCGUACCACCGGUAUUGUAUUGGAUUCUGGUGAUGGCGUUUCGCACACUGUACCCAUCUAUGAAGGUUUCGCCUUGCCACAUGCUAUUCUGCGUCUUGACUUGGCCGGUCGCGAUUUGACCGACUAUUUGAUGAAGAUCCUCACCGAGCGCGGUUAUUCAUUCACCACCACAGCCGAGCGUGAAAUCGUGAGGGACAUUAAGGAGAAAUUGUGCUAUGUUGCUUUGGACUUUGAGCAGGAAAUGGCCACUGCCGCUGCAUCCACCUCUUUGGAGAAGUCGUAUGAAUUGCCUGAUGGUCAAGUGAUCACCAUUGGUAAUGAGCGUUUCCGUUGUCCAGAGGCGUUAUUCCAGCCCUCAUUCUUGGGCAUGGAAUCGUGUGGCAUUCACGAGACUGUCUACAAUUCGAUCAUGAAGUGCGAUGUUGACAUCCGUAAGGAUCUGUAUGCCAACUCGGUCUUGUCUGGCGGCACCACCAUGUACCCAGGUAUUGCCGAUCGUAUGCAAAAGGAAAUCACUGCCCUCGCGCCAUCUACCAUCAAGAUCAAGAUCAUUGCGCCACCUGAGAGAAAAUACUCCGUCUGGAUUGGAGGUUCUAUCUUGGCUUCUUUGUCCACAUUCCAGCAGAUGUGGAUCUCCAAGCAGGAAUAUGAUGAAUCCGGACCUGGCAUUGUGCACCGCAAAUGCUUCUAAGUCUUUCAAUCAUGAAAGAUUGAUGAAUGCUUUAGCGCAAGAACAGUCCCACAAAACUAGCAAUAACAAUAACAGAAACAACAUAUCUACGUUUAAACACCUCGAAUGUCAGCAAGAUAUCGUGCUGAAAGCCAAUGAAACCACCAAAAGCGAAUUCAUGGCGCAAUCAAGAACUUCGGUUACAACAACACAAAAGGCAUUAUUAACAACAAGAAUCAAAAGAUCGCUACAGUUAUAUUGGGAAGGCAACAGUAAUUUUAAGCAAAUCAAUAACAACACAGCUAAAGCACAUAACGGAAAUUAUAUGCCACUGCUCAUAUGCGACAUCUGUAGGAAUUUUCUUUGCAUUACAUUGUGAUUGCACGUGAAAUUUCAAAUAAAUUUUUAUUUCCGGAUUUAAAAAAUAAAAUUCGUGCAACGCUGAAAAUUUUUCUUCAAAUGUGCCAACAAAAAUGCCAUUGUCCUUAAUUGUAAAACUAAAAAAAUGUGAAACUAAAACUACUAAAAUUUAGAAAUGAACAACAAGUAAACAAUUAUUUUCUUAAUUAAAACGAACACCUUUCCAUUGACUAACCAAGGCAUAAAAUAUUAAAUGUAGAGCAUACGCAAAAUGGAAGAAAACUACAAAAGAAAAAAAACCCAAAAAAAAAAAUAUUUUAUUAUAAAAACCAAAGUGCUUUUCUAUUUCAUCUUUUUAAAAUUAUAUUAAACUUAAUUAAAUGAACAACAAAAUCUUUAAGUAAAUUAUUUGAAAUUUAUUAGAAAUAAAUAAGAAGCCACCAAUGACAGUUUUCAGUGCAAAAGAAAUGUUAUUUCAAAUGGUAGAUAUUAUUACUUGCCGAUAAUUUGAUUCGAUGUUUUAGAUGCUUUAUUAAGAACCUCUACUUUUUUUAUCACUAAAGUUCUUCAAAAGCAUUUCACUUCCAUAUCGACCCUCAGGUCUAAACUUGUUUGCCGAAACAGGUAGGGUAGCAGGAAUAUAUCAGCGAGCGUUAACAGUACGAAACAGCAGAGCUAUGAGUUAAGUUUUGUUCAGGUCUUUUGAUGCAAGCAUAGUCGAUACACUUUAAACCUGUAAUAGCGAGUUAUAAACGAUAUUAAGAGCUGUCUACACUUCUCUAAUGGUGACGGGAUGGGUGCUCUAAACACACUGUCUCGAUACUGUCGUCGUUAGUAUACAAGUCGACUUAAUUUAUGAUAACGAAGUACGUCCAGAAAUCUCCUUAUUCAGCUAAUGCCAUGAAGCAUAGCAAAGUUUACUAGAGAAUUAACUAUGGAAUGCAUUCUUUAAAAAAAAAAAAAAAAA